GUCUUGGCAACGGUAAAGGGGGGCUCACGGCCAGAGGGAAGGAGAGAAGAAGAGGUACCCGGACUAAUCACAUGACCGCUGCUCUUCUUAUUAUCUCCGUGUUUGGAUGCACAUCGUUUGUUCUCGGACCUUGAGCGACUCUUGAGCAGCCAGUCAGCAGAACACGGUGUUUUUCCUUCGCCUGCGGUUCAAUUGAACGUGAAUCGACAUGUCAGACGUAGUUCCCCCAGAAGUGAGACCAAAACCAGCAGUCCCUGCCAAGCCCCCGAAUGUGGGAGCUCCUUCCCCCUCCAGUCCCUUUCCACCGCAGAUUCCAGGCGUUGGAGGAGGCGUCUCUGCUCCCCCUCCAAGUGCCAUUCCAGUGCCCAUCGGGAGCCACGGCCCGAGGGAUGUUAUAAGUCACAGUGUGGGUCAAAGUGUGGGUCAUGGCGUUGGUCACGUUGGGGCUCACACUGCAGCACAUAACGGAGGUCAUGCCCAUGGGGGCUCCCACAGCUCCAUCGGGGGAUCCACUUUGUUGGGUUAUAUUGGAAUUGACACCAUCAUCGAGCAGAUGAGGAAGAAGACCAUGAAGACUGGAUUUGACUUCAAUGUCAUGGUUGUUGGUCACAGUGGUCUUGGGAAGUCAACUCUAGUGAACACCCUUUUCAAGUCCCAGGUGAGCAGGAAGAGCGCAGGGUGGGCCCGUGAUGAGAAGAUCCCCAAGACGGUGGAGAUUAAAGCAGUGUCUCAUGUCCUUGAGGAGGGUGGUGUGAAGAUGAAACUGACAGUUGUUGACACCCCAGGUUUUGGAGACCUUAUAAACAAUGACAACUGCUGGGAGCCCAUUGCCAAGUACAUCAAUGAGCAAUAUGAGAAGUUCUUAAAGGAGGAGGUCAACAUCACCCGGAAAAAGCGCAUCCCUGACACCAGGGUGCACUGCUGUCUUUAUUUCAUCUCCCCCACUGGACACUCUCUCCGACAGCUGGAUGUCGAGUUCAUGAAGCGCUUGAGCCACGCAGUCAACAUUAUUCCUGUCAUAGCCAAGGCAGACACUAUGACCAUUGAAGAGAGGCAGGAGUUUAAACAGCGGGUAAGGAAGGAGCUGGAGACAAUUGGAAUUGAGUUUUACCCACAGAAAGAGUUUGAUGAAGACAUGGAGGACAAGAGUGACAAUGACAAGAUUAGAGAGGCCAUGCCCUUUGCCGUGGUGGGAAGCGACAAAGAAUAUCAAGUGAAUAGCAAACGAGUUCUGGGGAGGAAGACACCUUGGGGAAUCAUAGAAGUCGAAAAUCCCAACCAUUGUGAGUUUUCUCAGCUGAGGGAUUUUCUGAUCAGGUCUCACCUCCAGGAUCUGAAGGAGGUCACUCAUAAUAUUCAUUAUGAAACCUACCGUGCGAAGAGACUGAACGAGAACGGCGGUCUGCACCCCAUAUCUUCCAAUGACACCCAAGAAAGUAACCUGUAGCCAGUUAGUCAGUCAGGAGACCAAUCUGACAGAGUGGGAAUGAAAAAGUGUGCAAUGAAGUUGAUUGAUGAGUCUACAGAGUAUUAAUCUGUGUCACCACAGCAUCGCUGCAUGCUUGGAAAACUUCCGCAUCUAUAACAAUUGGUGUGAUUUAAUCUUUUUUUUUAUAAACUCCACCCAUCACCUUCUACACCUCCUUUCCCACACCAUCCCCACAAACACAUAUCAAGCCCCUCCAACAUCAUAUCAUGUCCCAUCAAAAUCAUUAUUUUCAUACCUAUGAACAUUGAAAUGAAAAGACGCUCCCACCCAGAGACAUCGUGCCAUUAUAAAACUUACAAUUUAUCUACUGCCAAUGCCUUUUCAUGUAACAUCCUACAGGUAGUACACGCUUAGAAAGUGCCACAUUAUUGUUUUAGUUAAGGUGUUCUGUAGCAACUGAUGUCUGAUUUUAGACAAAUAAGAUGACUUACUGGAAUUAUUAAAAUGAUAAUUCCUGUAUUGUUGUGAUACUUUAGUCAGCUCUGCAGGUGACUCUACAAAUUACUAAGCAGAAUUUUUUUUCAUGUGAAGAAAAAAAAUCCCUGUGGCUUUACUCUCAGGAGGACUUAAGAAUUACUACAAGCUGUUGUGGUCUAUUAUCCUCACCCACACCAAAGGAGACAAAUUGAAAAUUCUGUAAUAUUCCCUCACCCUGUUUAUAUUUGAUUAUAUAUUUAAAUUCCCAUCAGACCUGCACACUAAAAUGGGAAAAGCUAAAACAGCAGUGACAUGGGAAAUUCAAAUCUGUGAGCAGCAGUGUGUGCUUGUAAUUAGAGAGUCCACAAGAUGCAUGACUGUGCAUACUGCAGAGUCUAUGAUUCACUGUAUGCGCAUGCAAACUUAACAAUUUGGGACAUCUCAGCCCAGCAUACUUUGGCUCAUAACAGUGGGUAAAGAGGGAAAAAACUGUGUUUUAAUACAUUUGUUCUCAAGUUAACUUGGCCAACUCCAUUUGUAUUGACAGAGGAAGUUGAUUAAAAUGUUACAGGUUUCAGAUCAA